AUGUCACAACCACGUCAGAGCACCCUACCCAGCCUCAACCUAAGCGAGGGGAAUCCUUUAACAAGCCUCACCCUGGUGGUCCUGCUGCUCAUCCCAGCCGUGGUCCUGCUGCUCCUGCUCAACUGCCUCUUCCUAGGCUACAAACUCUUCCUUUUCUCCAAGGCGAGGCCUCGGCCGCUGCACCGAGAGGACGCAGAUGACUUCCUGCUGCUAGAGUCCGCUGUGCAGCGAGCCCGGAGGUCGCCCGAGGUGGAAGUGUUCUCCGCCCGGAGGUCGCCCGAGGUGGAAGUGUUCUCCACCCGGAGGGCGUUCAUGUCACUGUCCGAACCCGCUCUGCCUCAACCGCCGGUUACGUCCUCCAGGGCUUCUUCGUCAACCAAGGAGAGGUUUUGGCUGCUGAGGAGGACGGGGUCCGGGUCUUUGUGGGCCCCCAGUAGCAUCCGGGCUGCAGCGCCGUCUACGUCGUCCUCCUACUGGGCGGCGAGAUCCAGUAAGCCCGAGGGGCGACAUAGCGCGCCGGUGCUUCCUCAGUCCAGCGACUCUGAGGUCGACACUCGAGGAAACCUUGUUCCCCCCAACUCCCCUACGUGUGUUUAUAGGGAAGCGGAGCACACGGACGGCAUCAGUCAGAGCAGCAUGUACCGAAUGCUGACGGAAUGGAACCUGGGAGCACUACACCCAUUGGACAACGCGCACAUGGAGUGGGAGUCCUAUAUCCACCCACCUUCAGACGGCUCUUGCUCCAACACAUCUGGGCUGGAUAGCGACUUUGGUGCUAGUGCAGGUGUGUCCUUGCGGAUUUUAUCAGCGGACAGCGAUGGCUUGUCCACCGGCGUGCUGGCAUCAGGGUUGGAGUGGGACUACUACGAUCCGUGCUACGUCAAACAGAACCACGUGCCCAAACAGCACCCCCGACCUCUCAUGCACACCAAACAGUACUGGGUAUAA